AUGGACACACAGAGGAAGGAGAUUAGCUGUUGUCCCCUUACUGGAUCCGGCUCUUUGAAAGAGAGAUUGUUCCAGGAAGACCAUUUACAGCAUGUGGGCAGAAGUCUUAUUAUCAAGCAAGGCCGCACGGUUGCUGAGAGGUUGGUGGCCAUCCCGUGUAAGGAGCAUCCUCGGGCCCAGAACGGACGCAGUACUGUGGACAGUCUGGAACCCUCUGGGGAGACAUCUUCCGAUGCAAGUGAAACACCCGCAGUUUUGUCCCCGGCAAUAAGUCCGGAACCAACGCCAGCAGAGGAGCCGGAGGAGUCGUCUCAGGGCCAGCCACAACAAGAACCCAGUCCACCCCGUGUCAGGCAGCCACACCCAAGACGCAACCGCCAAGUCCCUCCCUCCACCUCUGUGCCAGAGAGUCGGGAGGUUAUUGACGCACGCGUCAUUGAUUUUCUGGCACAGAGGCGGAGUGACGGAGUGGAGGAGAAGAUGCUUCGGGGAUUGGCGCCCCUUCUGAAGAAAGUGCCGGAACCAGAUCACAAUGCAUGCGUGGCUUCAAUCGCUGUUGUCAUGAAGAUGUUCGCCAUCCCAAAUCAUGGGGACAUACUGGGUCGUUUGAACCACUGGAUGAUGGAUCUGGAAAAUGAGGGGCAACCCCAAAUGGCCGGCCAAUUUGGACGUGAAAGGCAACUGACUCAGGCGCCUUCUUUUGCCCCACACCCCCAGUACGGGCCACCCCACGGCCAUAUGCAAGGGGCAGGCCAGGGCAUUUUCCAGGGCAGUUUGCCCACUGUCCCACCCCAGCAGCCUCAGGGAAGGCCACGGUCCUCCUUUCCGGCAGGGUCUUUCACUCAGGACCUCUUUGAGUUAUGA